AUGUCGAAUAGCAUUACGACAUCCCACAACGCUGAUAUUCUUGGUGGCUGCUUCGGCAAUGCGUUCAAGGAACUGCAACCUCCAUUCCAUCUGCGUCAUGAGUUUCUGGGGAUACCCGGCCAGAAGUUCCUCGUAGUGCGCUCUCAUCUCAUUCCUCACUCUGGCCUUCACCACCUGCCAAACAUUCUCGAUCGGAUUGAGGAACGGAGAAUAUGGGCUCAAUCUCAGUAUGGUUACUCAUCGUAUCCAUCUACUGACGACAGUUCUUCCAAUCGUGUGUGA